AUGAUGAACGAGAUAUAUGAGGAAAUUUUUGGCAACAAUCAUGAGUUAUCAGAAGAGGAUAACAACAAUGGUGAAGAAGAAUAUGAUGUGACAGUGGAAGAGGAAGGUAACAACAAUGAUGAAGAAGGAGAUGAUGUGAUAGAAGAAGAUGACGAAAAUAACAACAGAGAAGAAGAAGCUACUGUGAUCCUAGAUUCUAAUGGUGUAGACGACGACGAUGAUGAUGAUGUUUCGGGUGAAGAUCUUAUAGCCAAGAUGGCUCCUAUGAAGGGAAUGGAAUAUGAUUCAAAAGAGAGCCUUAUGAAAGCCUAUCAAAAUUAUGCGAAGCUGCAAGGCUUUUCUAUUGCAAUACGUAGCUCGUCGUCUAAGUAUUACGUGCUUGCUUGCUUCAAAGGGCGAAAGCCUAAGGAUGUAAUUAUGAAGUUUACCAGACAAACGCAGUGUCCGGCUCUUGUUAAUUGCAUUGUGAGACUAAUGGUAAAGUGA